AUGGAGAACUUCAAUUCCGAUUCCAGAUUCCACGGCAUCUUUACCGACAUGGGCCUCGUGGAAAAAUACAAGCAUGGCUCUGAGAAUGUGUUGUGCGACAAGCUGGCCUGUGAAGCAAAACGGCUGCUUCGCAAGGUUCAUACCUGGGAGCCGUUCAUCCCAGUCACAAUCAACGGGACUUCCCGGUACAUGUGCAACACCAACGUCGCCAUGGCGAAUUUGACAACAUUUGAUAGUGCGAGGGAUUGGAUACAGGGGAAUCGCAUAAGUGACAAGGAAGAGAAGCGCCGUGAGAAGGAAAAGCGCGCAGGACGAUCCACUAGCCAUGCAGCACGAACGGUGCAGGAGAGCUCGGUAGAAGAGAGACUUGCUCUCUUGGACUUGACCCUCCCUUGUGAAAUCUUUUGUAACAAGCCGGCCUCCGAGUCUGGUACGUCCCCUCUCCGGACUGCAUAUGGACUCACCUUGUAA